AUGGCCAAAAGAAGAGUCAAGAAGAGAACAGACAAGGCUCCUGACCCAGAGGUCGUUGCCAAGAUCCCUAAAUCUAUGGUGCUCACGCUCGGAAACUCUAUCCGCAACAGAUCAUUGAAACAGCUCGUUAAAGAUUUCAGAACCACGAUGCAGCCCCAUACCGCCAUCAAUUUGCGUGAAAGAAAGGCCAAUAAGCUUAAAGAUUUCGUGGUGAUGACCGGUCCGUUAGGAGUUUCAGAUCUUUUUGUGUUCAAGCAGUCCGAGACGUCUGGAAACAUCUCGAUGAGAAUCGGAAAGAUGCCUCGUGGUCCAAGCUUGCAAUUCAAAGUCAAUUCGUAUGCAUUGAUGAAGGAUGUGCGGAGAAUCAUGAAGAGACCCAAGUCUGUUGGACGUGAAUCGUCCGCAUUUCACCAGCCGCCAUUGUUGGUGAUGAAUGGAUUUUCCAGAAAAGUAGGAGAGAUGGAAAACCACGAGAAAUUGCUUGUGACUGUUUUCCAGAACUUAUUCCCACCUAUCCAACCACACGAAACCAAGGUGGGAACUAUCCAACGUGUUCUUUUGAUCAACAAGAACCCAGACGGUGAUAUUGACAUCCGUCACUACGCAAUCGACACCAAGUUGGUGGAGGAGAACAGAAAUAUCAAGAAGUUGCUCGAGCUGAGCCACAACGGCCGUAACAAACUACCUAAGAUGAGCGGCCACACGGACAUCUCGGAGCUCGUGUUGGAUCCAUAUUCUGUGGGCGGCCUAACGUCCGACUCUGAGGUCGAAGAUGAUGCCACUGUUGAAAUCAGAAACGAUCACAUUCCAAAUCUCAGAAAGAAGGUCGCCGCUGAUCUGUCCUAUACCAGAAAGAGAGCUGUUAAGCUUCAAGAGUUGGGACCCAGACUCAACUUGUCGCUUGUCAAGAUUGAAGAGAGCAUGAUUGGUCUGUCCAAGACGAUAUACCACUCCAGAAUCGUCAAGCUGAAGGCUGAGGAGAAGGCUUUGGACGUGAAGCACCAGGUCAGAAUGGACGAGAAGGCCAAAAGAAGAGCCGAGCAGAAAGCCAACGUUGACGCCAAACAAAAGAAAAAGGACGACAAAAAGGCCCGCAGAGAGGCAAGAAAGAACGGUACCUUGCCUGCCAGUGACGCAGAGUUGGGUGCCGAAGAGGACAGUGGAGAUGAGGUUGAAAUCAAUCCUAGCGACUACGAAAACGACAGUGACUUGUUCAGUGACCAAGAGUAA